CUUCUUCAGAUCUCUUCUUCUUCUUCAAUUUCAAUAGAGAGAUACUACUCUCUUCUUCUGUUUCUUGUGUGUGAAGUUCUUCUGAUUGAUUUCGUGUUCUUGGGAACCUUUUUACCGAUUCGAUCUUCUUCGGAUCUUAGGGUUUUGUUCAAAUCCAGAUCUUGGGUUUUGUUAAAUAAUGGCGACUCCUUAUCCUGGAGCGACGCAGGUGGGUUCUUACUUUGUUGGGCAGUAUUAUCAAGUGUUGCAGCAGCAACCAGAUCUUAUUCAUCAGUUUUAUUCUGAGCCUAGUAGAGCUAUUCGUAUCGAUGGUGAUUCCACCGAGACUGCUAAUACUUUACUGCAUAUUCAUAACAUGGUUAUGUCACUGAACUUCACUGCGAUUGAAGUGAAGACGAUCAAUUCAGUCGAGUCGUGGGAAGGUGGUGUUCUUGUGGUGGUUUCAGGCUCUGUGAAAACAAAGGAAUUUACCAACAGAAGGAGUUUUGUGCAGACCUUUUUUCUCGCUCCACAGGAAAAGGGUUAUUUUGUUCUCAAUGAUAUAUUUCAGUUUGUUGAUGAGGGAACUGUUUACUAUCAUCAGCCUUCUUAUUUAUCUGAAACCAAGCAUGAGGCUCAGCUUAAUCCUCCAAGCCAUCAUCCAGAACCCCAAGUUCCUGACUAUGUUCUGGAGGAAGAGGCAAGAGAUUAUGUGAACGCAGUCCAAAUCAAAGAUGAUCUUGUCGAUAAGUACAGUCUGCAAGAGGACCAACAUCAACCUCAGCAUGAAGUCUAUGAAGAUGAAGUUGCGAUAGAGGAAACACCUAGGGAAGAAGUUGCAGUUGAUGUGGUACAUGAACAUCUGGCUGCACCAGCAGAGGAACCCGUUGUUGAAAAAUCAAAGAUGAGUUAUGCUUCCAUUUUAAAGGUUGCAAAGGAAGCAGCAACUGUACCUGUAGUUGCUACACAACCAUCAUAUAACAAGAACUCUCAAGAUAUUAAUGAAUGGGAUCAACCAAUGCGGACUCCUUCCCCUCAGCUGGCUGCGCCUCUUGCCUCUGUUCAGCAAUCAAACGCUUCAUCCACGUAUGUUUCUGACUAUGGAGCAGAGGCAGAAGAUGGCUCCGGAUUUGAAGACUUUGAGUUCAAAUCAGUGUACGUUAGGAAUUUGCCGUCCGACAUAUCUGCUUCUGAAAUCGAGGAAGAGUUUAAGAACUUUGGUACAAUCAAGCCUGAUGGUGUGUUCCUCAGAACCCGCAAGGAUGUUAUGGGCGUUUGUUAUGCAUUUGUUGAGUUUGAGGACAUGACUUCCGUUGAGAAUGCCAUUAAGGCUUCUCCUAUAUACUUGGGUGGAAGGCAAGUAUACAUUGAGGAACGAAGACCCAAUCCCGCUGGUGUUCGCGGAGCAAGACGAGGAGGAGGACGUGGAAGGGGUGGCUACCCAACAGAAGCACCAAGAGGCCGGUUUGGUGCCCGUGGGUCUGGCAGAGGAAACCAGGAUGGAGGUGACUACAGACCAAGAGGCAACGGUUACUACCGCGGAGAGGGAAUGUUUGGAUGCAAAUGUCUGUAUUGGAACAAUCUCAAAGAAUUACCUCCAUUGAAGACACCAGAAACCUUCUCUCUCCCUGCUUCUAUUCCCCAGUGGCCUUCAGGUCAAGGCUUUGGUUCAGGAAGAAUCAAUCUUGGCGAUUUAGAACUCGCCGAGGUCACAAGUUUUGAAUUUGUAUGGCGAUACUGCUCUCGUCGAGACAACAAGAAGAGUGUUUCCUUCUACAAACCGGACAAAUUACUCGAAGAUUUCCAUUGUUUAGGUCAUUACUGUCAGUCUGAUUCUCAUCUCUUGAGAGGCUUUCUUCUUGUAGCAAGAGAAAUCAAGUCUUCGGAAUCGAAAGAGCCUGCGCUUGUGCAACCACUUGAUUAUACAUUGGUCUGGAGCUCAAAUGACUUAUCAGAAGAAUCUCAAAGCGGUUACUUCUGGCUACCGCAGCCUCCUCAAGGGUAUAAACCUAUCGGAUAUUUGGUUACAACGAGUCCCUCGAAACCAGAAUUGGAUCAAGUUAGAUGCGUUCGAGCUGAUCUAACCGAUAAAUGUGAAGCACAUAAAGUCAUCACCACCGCUAUAUCGGAUUCUUUAAGCAUUCCUUUGUUUAUAUGGCAAACAAGACCUUCCGACCGCGGACUGCGGGGCAAAGGAGUCUCAACAGGUACAUUCUUCUGCACAACUCAGUCCCUGGAAGAAGAUCAUCUCCGUACAAUCGCGUGUCUAAAAAACCUCGAUUCGAGUUUACACGCGAUGCCAAACAUGGAACAAAUCCAUGCUUUGAUUCAACACUAUGGUCCAAGAGUUUACUUCCAUCCUAAUGAAGUCUAUCUACCUUCUUCCGUCUCAUGGUUCUUCAAAAACGGUGCAGUCUUAUGCAACAACUCAAAUUCCUCUGAUAUCAAUGAACCUAUAGACGAAACCGGCUCAAAUCUACCUCACGGCGGAACCAACGAUAAGCGAUAUUGGAUCGAUUUACCGAUAAACGAUCAACAAAGACGUGAAUUCCUCAAACGAGGCAAUCUCGAAAGCUCGAAGCUUUACGUUCACGUUAAGCCAGCAUUUGGAGGAACGUUCACAGAUCUUGCGUUUUGGAUUUUUUGUCCGUUCAAUGGACCAGCGACUCUGAAACUAGGGCUAAUGAAUCUCUCGUUAGCUAAAACUGGUCAACAUGUUUGUGAUUGGGAACAUUUCACACUCAGAAUCAGCAAUUUCUCCGGCGAACUUUACUCGAUUUACUUCUCACAACACAGUGGCGGUGAAUGGAUCAAACCUCAAGAUCUUGAGUUCGUUGAAGGAAGUAACAAAGCUGUGGUUUAUUCGUCGAAGCAUGGUCACGCGAGCUUUUCUAAGUCUGGAUUGUAUUUACAAGGAUCUGAUUUGCUUGGAAUUGGGAUAAGGAAUGAUACAGCGAGAAGCGAUUUGUUUGUUGAUUCGAGUUUGAGGUAUGAGAUUGUGGCGGCGGAGUAUCUUGGAGGAGCGGUGGUGGAACCGCCGUGGUUAGGUUAUAUGAGAGAGUGGGGACCGAAGAUUGUGUAUAAUUCGAGAACGGAGAUUGAGAAAUUGAAUGAACGAUUGCCAUGGAGGAUGAGAACUUGGGUUGAUGCUGUGUUGAGGAAGAUUCCGGUGGAAUUAUCCGGCGAGGAAGGACCGACGGGACCUAUGGAAAAGAAUAAUUGGUUUGGUGAUGAGAGAUGGUGAUAUUUUUGUAAUGGGCUUAUGAGAACUGAUAUAUGGGCCUGGAAUAUUUUAUUUCUCAGGCCCAUAUCUUAUUGACUCGUGUGUUCUACGUUUCAUGUUUUCUUCUCUUUUUUGCUAUGAUCCGUGAUUCAGUGAAGUGAAUAUACUGUAAAUUAUUUG